AUGUUACUGAAUGUAUUAUAUUGUUUCCUCUCACAACUGAUUAUAUUAAUAUUAUUCAUUAAUGAAACUAAUGGCAAUACUAUCGAUGCUAAUACUGCUAUAAGUAAUGAUGACGAUGCAUUCUUUCGCCAUAUUUUCAAAUUUUUAUAUGAAAAUGAACAUUUAUUUCAAUCAAACUGCACCAGUGAAUUGCAACGAUUGUUAACAACUUCUGUAUUCACCAAUACAACUCCUAUUGCAAUUGCUGAUAUUACUCUUACCAACAUUACCAAUACCAAUACCACAAUAAAUAACACCAAUAAUACUAUCAAAUAUCAUAAGAAGGAAGUAUGGAAUAAACUACAUGGAAGAAUUCAUGCAGAUCGUUGGGAUAGAAGCAGUAGUAGUAGCACAACCGAUGCGACAUUUCAGCCAAUAUCUGAAAUAUGGAAUAGACGUAGUGGAAAACGGAAAGAAACUCAGUUUAAAAGAAAUUUUCAUGGUAAGAUCAUUAACAAUCAAAAAUCUACCCGUAGUUAUAGAGUGAAUAAAUAA